GCCCGCGCAUGCGCUCCGCGGGAAGCGAUGGCGGCGGCGCCGCCGCCGGCGCUCCCUACCCCGCGGUACGAGCACGUGGGGCCGCAGGGGCCCUUCCGGGAUGUGUACGAGCCGGCCGAGGACACCUUCCUGCUGCUGGACGCUCUGGAGCGGGACGCGGCCCGCCUCAGGCAGGCUCGGGUUGAGAUCUGCCUUGAAAUCGGAUCUGGGUCUGGUGUGGUUUCAACAUUUCUAGCUUCUUCCAUUAUUGGAUCCAGUGCACUGUACAUAUGUACAGAUAUCAACCCCAUGGCAGCUUACUGUACGCUGGAGACAGCUCUGCUUAACAAUGUUCACCUUCAGCCAGUCAUUACUGACUUGGUCAAAGGACUGUCUCCAAGAUUAAAUGGGAAGGUUGAUCUACUGCUAUUUAAUCCACCAUACGUGGUAACACCUUCUGAAGAGGUGGAAAGCCGUGGAAUAGAGGCAUCCUGGGCUGGUGGCAGAAAGGGCAGAGAAGUAAUGGAUAGAGUUUUUCCAUUAGUACCAGACCUACUUUCACCAGGAGGAUUAUUCUACUUGGUCACAAUUAAAGAAAAUAAUCCAGAUGAAAUUCUGGAAACAAUGAAGAAAGGUGGCUUAGAAGGCACACGAGUACUUUCCAGGCAAGCUGGACAAGAGGUGCUUACUAUCCUCAAAUUUAGGAAGUCUUGAUAACUGCUCUUACCCUUCCAGAUACUAGGCAUGCAGAAGGUUGAACAGAGUACUGAAGCUGUCAAAUCAAUUUUUAAGCCAAGAUUUUCAUCCUCUUAAGGUGUAUCCUCAGUUACUGACUACUGCAGUGAAACUAAGCAAGACUCUGUAUUUAUUAUGAUUAUUCUGGAUGUUAACUAGCUCUUACCUGCUGUCAGAGGCACAGUUGUCUUCUGGCUUUCUCAGGACAGCUGUGGGGAAACUGAAAUACCCUACCUUGCUGCAUGUGCACUUAAGCACUAAAGACCUUUUCCUCUAUAAAUACAUAUUUGUAUAUUUGUCAUUGUGGCUUAUUAAAAUAAUGUACUUGAUAUAAUUCUUCCUGUUUUAAUAGCUAGUCUAUAUCAAAUGAAUACUUGGAAUCAGUGUUACUCAUUUUGAUGUAAUAUCAGGCACUUUACACAUCUAAGGCACAAUUACUGAGUUUGUUUCUAUUGUAAGGAAACAGCAUACUUCUGAAUACAAAGAUGCAGUAAGUGUAUCUCGAGAGCUGGGACAAAGGCAAGGUAUUACUCUCCUGCAGUCUUCUAGGCAACAUGUGGUGACUGUGCUCCCUUUUAUGCCAUUUUACAAGGAGGGUACUACUAUGGAGUACUGUAGAUUAGAUGAAGAGUUCUCAUCCAUGAAAAGAUAUUAAGGGGGG